UCUCCUGUUGAGAAAUCAGUUAGGUCAAGAAUGAAUAUACCAUUUCAUAUUGAUCCACCUGAAUUGGAAAAAAAAUUUCUGGAUGGUGCGGUUCAAUUGGGAAUGGUUCAAUUGAAAGGUCAUCAUAGUGUAGGUGGUAUUAGAACAAGUAUUUACAAUGCAAUGCCUUUACAAGCUCACAACUUUUAA